GGUACAACCUUCUCCAACGGAAAAAAUGCAACAUAGUAUGUAUUAAACGUAUGUAUUUCUUCUAUGUGAGUUAAUAUUAAUAUUAAAUCAAAGGAUGUUGUUUCAGUUAAUAACUUUUGUUUAAAACUCAUUUAAAACAAAUAUAUUUUAUAAAUGUAAUUUAUUUUUUGUUGAAUGGCACCUACAUCCAAUUAAACUACCAAUCAAAGUUUUCAAAAUAAAUAUUCUACAAUCUAAUUUGCGAUUCAAAAUAUAUGUUACCAUUCAAAAAAGUAAAAACAUGAAGAAGGGCAACCAAGUGAACCGAAUUUUUAAUUGAAAGAUCAUUAUUUGGUGUAUUUCCAAUUUUAAAAUUUGAAAGUAAUGAUGAUAUUUCUACAAUUAUCUUCAUGUUGUUUUAUUUUUAAUAUUUCCACAGUAAGCAAAUGCUUUACAUCGAUUUGGUCACCACCAACCGAAAAAACAGAAAAUAAAUUAUUUACAUACUAUGCUUCUCAAAUGGUAAAACGUUUUAUUACAUUAAAAAACUAUUGAUUUUAGCAAUUAAUGUUGGUAAAUAAUUUUUAUCAAGAAGCUAUUCCUUAUAUUUCAUUCAAACAGUUGUUGGCAAAAAACAGGCCAAAGAUAUUUGUAUUAGAACUAUAAUUUGAAGUGGGCCUUAUUGGUAUAAAGUAAAAUAUAAUUGGAGCGUCUGCUUAAUAUUUGUUUUCUUAUUCUAAAGGGAUUGAAAAUAUUGAAAUACUAAAGUAAAAGUUGUAAUUUUCCCUUCAAUUUUCGGUAACAAAGCCACUAGGUUUGAUCAAUAGAAUGAAAAAAUAGCUUGUAGUAUUUUUAGAAAAAGGUAUAAAAAAUGUAUUAUUGUAUUUUUGGUAAAUUAUCCAACAAUAAUAACAAAAUGUGCUAAGUCUCAUAAGCGGAAACAUAAGCAUCACAGAAUUUCAAUUAUUUAAACUAUAAUAUUAUGUUUUAGUUUGGUAAUUCAGAAUUAUUAAUGAGGUUCUUUGUUUAGGUAAAACCUGUGCCAAACGCAAGUGAUUUUAAAGCAACAUUUUCACAAAUAUUUAUUGAGUCAUCAUUAGAAGAAAGAAUCCUUAAUGAAAUUUGUCAAAGUCAAUCCCGAGAAGAGUAUUGAACCACUUGGAAUUACUAAUGGCCAAUUUAUGCCAAAAAAUAACAUUUGUAAAACAACUGGAACUAACAAUUACUAUAAUUGAGUAAGUUUUAAUUUCAUUUAUUUUUUGUAAUAAAUGUUGUGAGAUAUAAAUAUAAAAUCAUUAUUAUUUUUUAUUUUUAGGUGUGAUAAAUACAGUAAAAAUUUCCAUUCUAGUUGCCUUGACCUUCCAGUGAUAAAAAUCUCAAGAAGUACGUGGUUAUUCUUAGCACUGUGCUGAAUGUGAUCCAAAGGUACAUCAAUUAUUACUUUAGGUCUAGAAUGUAUAUUUCAUCAUCAUAGAAUCUUUUAAGAUUCUAUCAUUUGCUUAUAAACAAAUGGUUAUUUAAUUGAAAUUGUGUUACCAAAAAUUUUAAUUCUCGGUACAAUACCUUAGUCUUUAAAUUUUGAGCAGAGUAAAGAGAAGCUAUUUAAUUUACAGUAAUUUGUGUUUUUGUUAAUCGUCAAUUAUCUUUUUUCCAUUUAUCUAAUAUUAUUUCUGACCAUUUAAAGAAAUAUUGAAACUUGUGCAUUUUUAUUUGUUAAUGGAUUAAAAAAACAUCCUAUUACUGCAUACUAUCUUUCUUAAUAAUGCUCAUAAUUUAAUAGUUAUUGAAUCUAUUGAAUUACUAUUUUCUAAAUGAUUUAAUAAAUAUUGCAUACUUUUUUUGUUUUUAUUUUUUUAACACUAAGUACGACUUCUUAUGAAGGUUCCUUCUCCUAAUGAACCUUGUGUUAAAUUUCAAGCAUUUCUAUUUAGUCCUACAAUAUUAUCCACUAAGUACAAUAAAAAUCUUGUAAAAUUAAAAUAUCUAUGAAUUGCUCAAAAAUAGCUUAAACAUUUUCAAAGAAAAUAUAAAUAAGUUUUUUGUUAAAAUUUCAAAACUCUACAAAUUUAUUUAACUGAAUUACAACAAAAAUACAAAAUUGAAAAUAAUAAAAGAAUUAGUUUUUGUUAAUUUUCCUCCUCUUUCUACAAUUUUUUUUUUUUUAUGGUUUUGCUCAAUUAUUAAAAAGACAGAACUGAUUUUCUUACUCACCAGCGAGAUUAAAAAUGAAAUAAAAGUCUCUUAAAUUUUUAUUUUUUUUUUGUUGGUGCAAUAAUUUUUGAUAGCUGUACAAAUUUUAAACAAAGGAAUUCUAAAUUUAUCAGUUUUCAUUUUUUGCCUUUUUGUAGUUUAUCUUAAUUAUUAUAAAAUCUGCUUAGAUAACCAAAAAACCAACUUUCUUUGUGAGAUUCGAGAUCAAAAAUUCAAUAAAAAAAAGUUUUUCAGCAUAUUUUGAUUAAAGCAAUAUUUCUGGUAGAGAACAAAGUUUGUUAAAAUUAAAAACAAUGAAAUUGAUAACAAUGUGGCAUCAUGCUGUAAAUAAUUGCUGUUUUACUAAUAAGUUUCUUAUAGAGAAUUCUUUCUUUGGGAAAUAAAAAAUUGAUGCAUUUUUCAAUUGAAAACGAUAAAAUAUUGUUUCAGAAAUGGUGCCACACUCUAUAUAUCAGACCAAAAUUUCUUUUCAAAAUAAUUUGUUUAAAGACAAACAAGAAAAAUACACAUAAUAUAGUAAAACCAAAUGACCUCUUACUAUGCUUCUAAAAAACAAACAUAUUUAUAUGCCUUAUUUCACCCUUAUAAUAUAUGUUUCAAAAAGUUGAAUAAUAAAUAGUUUAGAAAUCUUUAAUCACAUAUUUCUUGACUAAAAUUUUAAAUUUUAAAAAAAUAACAUUUGUUUAAUAUAAUAUCUGAUAAAUGUGUNGUACUAAUCUUAAACAAUAAUUUAUAGUUUAAAAGUGUAUUUAUGUUUACACUUUAUGGUUUAUAACCCUUAAAAUAAGUACUAUUGUAAAUUAUAGUUACUUUAUUUAUUUAUUUAUAUGUUUAAGAUAAUUUACAUAAUGUUGAUGCUGUAUGUAUAUUUUAGUUACUUAAAUAAAUUUUGAAAUACUUAUAAAUAACUUGUAAUAUUUGUCUUUCAUAUUUGUUAGAUUGGGAAAAUUAAAUUUGUCAAAUGAAAUAAAUUAACAAGCCAGGAUAUAAACCACAAACAGUUUUGAGGUCAAGGAAUUGCGUUUGUUGAGAAUGUUGCAAUGUAUGCGUUUGUAGAAUGUCUCGGCAACAUUUUCUAAUAUUGGAAUGAAUAGAUCUGUCUGGAGAGUAUGAUUUAAGACCUAGUACAAGGCUUUGGAAAUUUAAUGAAGGUAUUUGCGUUAGGAAUUUGGAAUAUUUAUAAUAUUUGUGGGUUAAGCUGCUUUCCAUACCUGAAUAAUGAAGAAUACUAUAUGUCCAGAUUGGUUUGAGGAGCCUUUCUUAUGGCCAAUUUUUUUUUGUUUUUGAAGCUAACAUAUUUUGAUAUGAGAAGAAGUAAUGGGCAAAAACGGUUGUUUAGCGUAGGCAUUUAAUAUAGAUAUGCAAGAAGGUUACCCAAGUUGGUCAACUAUUUAAAAUCUAGGUAAUUAACGUUUUGGGGAUUAUGCAACAAUGUUUGAUAUAAAUAUAGUUGCUUUUUAUUAUCCCCAUUAAUUUUAUCGAGUUUAAUUUUUGGAAUUUAAAUAAAUACUUAGUUCUAUAACUAUUUUAAUACCUGAUUAUUACGAAAAUCUGUGUGUUAAUAUUUUAAAACCAAUGUUAUUAAAUAAGUUAAUUUAUAUAUUUUAUUGAUUUAAAAAAAAAAAAUCUUCAAUUAUUUAUCAAUUUCAUAAUAUUAAUUUUAUAAUGACUAGAAUAAUGUAAUAAUCAAUCUUUUGGUCUAUGGUUACCUAAGCGUGUUAAAAUAUAAUAGGCUGAUAUUGAAUUUUCUUGUGGAAUACUACUGUUAUAUAGGAAUGGAAAUGUACACCCUGUUAAUAUUAAUUAGUUAAGUAGGUAGUACCUAUGUAAUAUUCAGGGCAUAAUAGUAUAUUAGUACCUGAACAUAAUUAUAUUAUUCAAUUUCUAUUUUACAUAUCGGACCUUUGUUUUGUUUAUUUUAAAUUCGAAUAUUCCAUUAUGUGUACAAAUUUUAAUUUUGUCCAAACAAAGAAGAAAUCACAGUUAAAGAUUUUAACGGAUACCGUGUUGGAGAACACGACUAGAUAAUUAUUGUAAUAAUGGUAAAUAAAUUAAAAUGAAUACAAUCGGUGACCACGUGACAAUUGUUCUCUGUCGUCGUUGAUUGUUGAAGGGGAAAAUAAACAAAAAUAAUCUUCGUACGGUUGAGUGAGAAAAAAAAAUAAAAACGGCAAAAGUUUUUUUGCGGAGGUCGGGGCAAAUAGCGUUUUGUACAGCCGUGAUGGUUGCGGAUGUGCACCUUUGGACUUUCCGGGUACCGCCACCCGUUGUAACUACCGGUCUGGGAGGCCUUAGAGAGCGUGAGCACCAUGAGACGAGGGCAACACGGACGCGGUGCGUACGCUUUGUUGUAUAAACAACAAAUGAGCACUCAAGCGUUGGUCGGUCGACUUUCCUGCACACAUGUUCAUUGCAACACCGGUCUCGACCUAUAUAAACCCCAGAGGUUGGUCACGUCAAUAAUACCUCGCUGUCCACAAUGCAACCCACGCACAAUUGGACCACUGUCUGCGGGAGGCGAUUUAGUCAACAAAGUGGACUCACGGGCAAAUUGAUUGGGCGCCAAUGUGAUAAUAGACACAAUCGAGAACCAUAGGAGACGCUAGAGACUACGGCCUCGUACACCAAUCUGUGCUUGCUCGCCAUACGGCGAAUUGGACGGCUGAAACACGCAGGACCUCACGGUGUGACAAUGUAGUCGAACCGUAUAUAUACUUGACGUCGGCAAAGGAGUGAACACAAGCUAGAAUUUCGGUAUAAGUGUUCUGUGCAUAACGUAUUAUUCACGCCACUAAAAGCGUAUAGAUGCCGUUGCAGGUAAAAACUGACGGAAUUCUAGGCCAUAGUGCUGCGGAACGAGCUAUCGACUUUAGUGACGGAUAUAAUUAUUUGUAGUUUUUUACUCCUUCGGAAAGCGAUUUUUCUUUUCCAAUAGCGAAGGAGUGAAAAUAUUCCUAAUUAAACCGUACCUUAUUGAAAGAUGUAAGAUUCUCUAUGUCCAGCUAGUACCUAUCUACUUAAUUUGAAAUACUUUUCUAAAUUUCCAACAGUUUAAAUAGAAAAAAAAAAAUUGGAAUAUUAUAAUACUAUUAACUGUAUUUAUUAUCUAUUAAUAAUUUAAUUCAGGGCUCAAAAGUUAAACCUGGUUAAAAUCUAUGAACCAAAAUCCGAUAACCGGUUUUAUUUUUGAAAAGUUGUAAGUGGCAAAUGUAAAUAAUUACCGGUAACUGGUAAUCGAAUUAAUCAAACAAGUGCAGUUAACCAAUAAUCGGUACCUUUUUUUUGUAUGUACCUAACUAUUUGCGGCCAAAACCGAUUCUCAGUUCAGAAAAAAUAGUUUUAAAAGUGUGUUUACAAUGUUUUUUGUAAGUGUUUUUUGUGAGUUUUGUAAAAACAAAAAGGCGCACUAUUUAAAUGAUUAAAUGUUAUUUUUCACAAAAGUUUAUAAUUCUUAAUCAUUACGCAUAAUCACAAUUUUUUAAAAAAAAUUAAUUUAAUAAAUUUUCUUUUUACCAUACAUAACAGAGUAUGUAUCACAAAAUUCACAACCGUUAACUUUUAUCGGCGAUCAUUACAGAAGGAAACUAGGAACAGUAGGAACUAAAACAUACGGACAGAAUAUAUAUUUCAAACAAAUAUUAACAGUUAUCAGGGUCGUCAGUGUUUCUUAAUUGAGAACCACAGAUAUAUAAAAUUAUUUUGUAAUAUAAUAUCUGUGUUGAGAACUCGACUUUGUUUAUGCCACGGUCUUAGUUUAUUAUUUAUGUAAUCAGUUCAACAGUGGUUAAUAGUAUAAAUGGAACCCCCUUAUCUACCGGUAGAUAAACGUGAUAACAAAGAUGCGCAUUGCCAUGUACCACUAUAAUACAAUUAUUUAACUUUAUUGUAUUUUUUACACAAAUUUAUACCUUUAAUUUUAUUUUUACGCGUACAGUAUUUUAAUAUACUUAAAUACCUUUUAUCUUUUUAUAAAUUUUAAAAUAUUACAAUAUAUCAUAACGUAUCCUGUGUUGGACUAAAAUGGUAUAAUGAACUAUGUUAAAUAUUUUAAUAGACCUUUCAUUAAUGGAAGUGAAAUAAUAAAGUGUAACCAUAUUUUAGAAUUUCAUUGUACACAAUUACGUACAAAUAAUAAUUGAAACUCUGAUGCAAUGAGUAAUCUUGAUAGAAAACCACCCAAGGUAAGUUAUUAUACAAUUUUAUUUGUUUAAUCUCAAUUUCACAAUAAAUUAUAUUUUAUUUUUUAUUAAUUUUGUUAGAAAUCAUGUCAACGAAUAACGAUGUUGUUACAUUAAUUGCUAAAUAUACUUGUAAAGCUGGAUCUAGAAAAUGAAAACAUAUAUUUGGAUUGUCGCUAAAACCUUAAAAGUAAGAAUUUAAUUACCUAAUUACACUUGUAUUUCAGAGAAUAAAAAAAUUAUAUAAGAAAGUGUCUGUCAAAGGUAUAAAUAUAGGUUAUAUUUUUUAAAUUAGGACUGAGAAGUUUUAAUGACGUACCAUAAAGAUGGGUUAAAUCUAGCUCUUUAUCUAGUAAAAAAAUAUAUAAAACAAUUACAGUUAAUAAAUUUUGCCAAGUGAAACCAUUGCUUUCUGUAUAUGCCAAAACUUUGAUUAUAAUUACCAGAAGAAAUGCAACAUCAAUGUGUCAAUUUAUUUAAAAUGGGUUACUAUUAAAUCAAAUAAAGGAUGUUGUCUCAGUCAAAAACUUUUGUUUAAAACUCAUUUAAAACAAAUAUUUUUUAUCUUUUGUAAUUUAGUUUUUGUUGAAUGGCACUUAGAUCCAAUAUACCUACCAAUCAAAGUUUUCAAAAUAAAUAUUCUGAAAUUUGCGAAAAAAUUAAGAACCUACCAAAAUGAAGAAGGGCAAUCAGGUGAACAGAAUUUUUUUCUAUAAUAGAUAAAUUAGUGUAUUUUUAAUUUUGAAAUUUGAAAGUAAUGAUGAUAUUUCUACAAUUAUCUUCAUGUUGUUUUGUUUUUAGUAUUUCCACAGCAAGCAAAUGCUUUACAUCGAUUUGGUCACCACCAACCGAAAAAAACAAAAAAUAAAUUAUUUACAUACUAUGAUUCUCAAAUGGUAAAACGUUUUAUUACAUUAAAAAACUAUUGAUUUUAGCAAUUAAUGUUGGUAAAUAAUUUUUAUCAAGAAGCUAUUCCUUAUAUUUCAUUCAAACAGUUGUUGGCAAAAAACAGGCCAAAGAUAUUUGUAUUAGAACUAUAAUUUGAAGUGGGCCUUAUUGGUAUAAAGUAAAACAUAAUUGGAGCGUCUGCUUAAUAUUUGUUUUCUUAUUCUAAAGGGAUUGAAAAUAUUGAAAUACUAAAGUAAAAGUUGUAAUUUUCCCUUCAAUUUUCGGUAACAAAGCCACUAGGUUUGAUCAAUAGAAUGAAAAAAUAGCUUGUAGUAUUUUUAGAAAAAGGUAUAAAAAAUGUAUUAUUGUAUUUUUGGUAAAUUAUCCAACAAUAAUAACAAAAUGUGCUCAUAAGCAGAAACAUAAGCAUCACAGGAUUUCAAUUAUNCAAGGUAUUUGACUGAGUCAUCUUUUCUGUUCCAUUGUAUGAUAUGGUUGUUUAUGCUAAUAUUUAUUGGAUCGUUAUAUCUUUUAAGGGUAAAUAUUUUAGCCUCGCUUUUAGUCGGAUUUAGUUUCAGCUUCCAUUUUUUGAGCCAGGAGGUAAUUUCGUUUAAUGAAGAUUGUAGUUUUUCGAUUGAUAAGUUUAAUACGCUAUCUUGGGUGAGUAUUGUUGUAUCGUCCGCAAACAUUGUCAGUUGAGAGUUAGAGGGGUUGGGUAUGUCAUGGCAGUAAAUGUUAAAUAGCGUUGGCCCCAAUACUGACCCUUGUGGGACUCCAGAUUUGAUUUUGUGUUGUAGAGAUAGGUUUGUGUCUAUUCUCACUUGGAAUGUUCUGUCUGUAAUGAAAGAUGUGAUGGUUUUUAACAGGUACAUAGGAAGAUUAAGUGCUUUCAAUUUUAUUUCAAGCCCAUGAUGCCAGACCUUAUCAAAGGCUUGUGUUAAAUCGAGAAAAACUGCUAUAGUGUAUUUUUUGUUUUCAAAACCAUGUACGAUUAUUUCUGAUGUACAUUGGAUCUGGUGGCAUGUGGAGUGCUUUGUUUUGAAGUCAAACUGGUAUUUUGGGAUUAUGUGUAAGAAUGGUUUUAUCCUAUUCAAUAAAAUUCUUUCGUAUAGCUUUUAUAGGGUUGGUAAUAGGCUUAUUGGUCUGUAACUUGUGGGAGAGUUUGCUUGUUUACCAGGUUUAUGGAUUGGGACUAUUAUGGCAUGCUUCCAUGUAAGGGGAAAGGUACCUAAACGCAUGGUUGAGUUAAAUAGAGAGGCUAGGUAUGUUAAUGCUUUUGAAGUAAGGUUUUUUAAAAUUUAGUUUGUUAUUAAGUCAUGUUUAUCUAGUCAUCAUUAGAAGAAAGAAUCCUUAAUGAAAUUUGUCAAAAUCAAUCCCGAGAAGAGUAUUGAACCACUUGGAAUUAAUAAUGGUCAAUUUAUGCCAAAGAGUAACAUUUGUAAAACAACUGGAAUUAACAUUACUAUAAUUGAGUAAGUUUUAAUUUCAUUUAUUUUUUGUAAUAAAUAUUGUUGUGAGAUAUAAAUAUUUUUUUUUUUUUUAUUAUUAUAAUUAUAAAAUGUUUCAGCACACCUAGUGCUAUAUCAACUUUUUAGUUUUUACAAUUUUGUUUGUUACAAAUUUAAAUGAUUAUAAAUUUAUUAAUGACAUAAUUAUUAAUAGUGAAAGUGAUACAAUAAUGUGUUGUAUAUAUGAAUAUAAAUAGUAAUUAUGAGGUCUAGUAUAUUAAUAAUGAUCUUUAUUUUCUAAUGAUGAUUCUUCUGUGUCUGUUAAAAGAAUGACCUGGGGAAGUCGAGGCCGCAGACGUCUAUUGAGUGUUUUUUUUCCUAUAUUGUAAUGACGAGCACUGUCUAAGUUUUUUAGUUUGGCGUGGACAUUUUUAAAUUGGGUUUUAAUCUAUGUAUUUAUCAGGGGUAUUUCCGUAUCAUUAUGGAUCUGGCAAUUUCUCAUGAACCACGGUGCUUUAAGACAUAUCCUUAAGAAUUUAUUUUGUAAAAUUUCUAUUUUAUUUAUUUUAGUUAUAGAGGCAGCAGACCAUACAGGACAGGCAUAAGUUAUCAGUGGUCUGAUUAUUGUGGUGUAGAGAAGGUGAGAAGAUUUCAUUUGGAGAGUUGAUUUUUAAUUCACUAAGGGGUAGAGAAUUCUUAUCCUGGCAUAUCCCUGAGUGAGUUUUUUGUUUAUGUGAAUAUUCCAUGUCAGUUUUUCAUCGAGGAAAACUCCAAGGUAUUUGACUGAGUCAUCUUUUCUGUUCCAUUGUAUGAUCUGGUUGUUUAUGCUAAUAUUUAUUGGAUCGUUAUAUCUUUUAAGGGUAAAUAUUUUAGCCUCGCUUUUAGUCGGAUUUAGUUUCAGCUUCCAUUUUUUGAGCCAGGAGGUAAUUUCGUUUAAUGAAGAUUGUAGUUUUUCGAUUGAUAAGUUUAAUACGCUAUCUUGGGUGAGUAUUGUUGUAUCGUCCGCAAACAUUGUCAGUUGAGAGUUAGAGGGGUUGGGUAUGUCAUGGCAGUAAAUGUUAAAUAGCGUUGGCCCCAAUACUGACCCUUGUGGGACUCCAGAUUUGAUUUUGUGUUGUAGAGAUAGGUUUGUGUCUAUUCUCACUUGGAAUGUUCUGUCUGUAAUGAAAGAUGUGAUGGUUUUUAACAGGUACAUAGGAAGAUUAAGUGCUUUCAAUUUUAUUUCAAGCCCAUGAUGCCAGACCUUAUCAAAGGCUUGUGUUAAAUCGAGAAAAACUGCUAUAGUGUAUUUUUUGUUUUCAAAACCAUGUACGAUUAUUUCUGAUAUACGUUGGAUCUGGUGGCAUGUGGAGUGCUGUUUUUUGAAGCCAAACUGGUANAGGGUUGGUAAUAGGCUUAUUGGUCUGUAACUUGUGGGAGAGUUUGCUUGUUUACCAGGUUUAUGGAUUGGGACUAUUAUGGCAUGCUUCCAUGUAAGGGGAAAGGUACCUAAACGCAUGGUUGAGUUAAAUAGAGAGGCUAGGUAUGUUAAUGCUUUUGAAGUAAGGUUUUUUAAAAUUUAGUUUGUUAUUAAGUCAUGUUUAUCUAGUCAUCAUUAGAAGAAAGAAUCCUUAAUGAAAUUUGUCAAAAUCAAUCCCGAGAAGAGUAUUGAACCACUUGGAAUUAAUAAUGGUCAAUUUAUGCCAAAGAGUAACAUUUGUAAAACAACUGGAAUUAACAUUACUAUAAUUGAGUAAGUUUUAAUUUCAUUUAUUUUUUGUAAUAAAUGUUGUGAGAUAUAAAUAUAAAAUCAUUAUUAUUUUUUAUUUUUAGGUGUGAUAAAUACAGUAAAAAUUUCCAUUCUAGUUGCCUUGACCUUCCAGUGAUAAAAAUCUCAAGAAGUACGUGGUUAUUCUUAGCACUGUGCUGAAUGUAAUCCAAAGGUACAUCAAUUAUUACUUUAGGUCUAGAAUGUAUAUUUCAUCAUCAUAGAAUCUUUUAAGAUUCUAUCAUUUGCUUAUAAACAAAUGGUUAUUUAAUUGAAAUUGUGUUACCAAAAAUUUUAAUUCUCGGUACAAUACCUUAGUCUUUAAAUUUUGAGCAGAGAAAAGAGAAGCAUGCUGUAAAUAAUUGCUGUUUUAUUAAUACAUUUCUUAUUGAGAAUUCUUUCUUUGGAAAAUAAAAAAUUGAUGCAUUUUUCAAUUGAAAACGAUAAAAUAUUGUUUCAGAAAUGGUGCCACACUCUAUAUAUCAGACCAAAAUUUCUUUUCAAAAUAAUUUGUUUAAAGACAAACAAGAAAAAUACACAUAAUAUAGUAAAACCAAAUGACCUCUUACUAUGCUUCUAAAAAACAAACAUAUUUAUAUGCCUUAUUUCACCCUUAUAAUAUAUGUUUCAAAAAGUUGAAUAAUAAAUAGUUUAGAAAUCUUUAAUCACAUAUUUCUUGACUAAAAUUUUAAAUUUUAAAAAAAUAACAUUUGUUUAAUAUAAUAUCUGAUAAAUGUGUUGCAGGAGAGUGAUUUUUGGUAAAAACAUUUGUGAAAUCGGAUCUACCACAGGAUUAUGUCAAGUGUACUAAUCUUAAACAAUAAUUUAUAGUUUAAAAGUGUAUUUAUGUUUACACUAUACAAUACUUUAUGGUUUAUAACUUUUAAAAUAAGUACUAUUGUAAAUUAUAGUUACUUUAUUUAUUUAUUUAUAUGUUUAAGAUAAUUUACAUAAUGUUGAUGCUGUAUGUAUAUUUUAGUUACUUAAAUAAAUUUUGAAAUACUUAUAAAUAACUUGUAAUAUUUGUCUUUCAUAUUUGUUAGAUUGGGAAAAUUAAAUUUGUCAAAUGAAAUAAAUUAACAAGCCAGGAU